AUGGGUCAUGGUUUUCAGAUUCUCCACAUGAUUUUUAUCAUUAUUUUCAUUCUCACAUCAUAUCAUUGUACCCACACUUUGGUUGUAAAAGAGGCAUUCAAUACAGCAGGAGGGUAUGGAGAUAAAGAUCGAAAGGCCUUGAUUUUGGAGAAAUUAAGAGUUUUGUUGGGACUUAAGAGCUUCCACAUAAAAACACCAACAAAUGCUUACUCACCGACACCAGCACCUGCCCCGGGACCUUCCCAGGAACUCAACAUUGCGACUAAUGCUCCGGCUCCUACUCCGGUGCUGCAUCCACAUGGACAUCCUCGUCCGCCCUCGCACCACUAUCAUCGUCCGAUGCCUUCUACGCGCAAGAUACAAAAGGGUGAUAAGGGUACUUCUACAAGAGUUUGGACAGCAGUUCUUGUUUCUGUUGGAGUUACCUCUCUAGUAUUAUGUGCCAUUGGGAUCUACUGGGGCUGCCGGAAUUUUGAAAGACGAAAAAAGAGAUCCAAGAGGACUAUCUCUGUAUUCAGCACUGAGGCAGGAAUCACAGGUAAAUCAAAGUAUACGAGUGCCCAGAGCACUGUGAAAAAGGUAAAUUCUGAUACAGGCCCUGACCUUUUUUACCUUGAUUCCUUAGAAACUGCAUUAGAACCCGAAAAAUUUUGCUUGAAGCUUAAUUUGGACGCUCAAAACACAUACUCAAAUCAAAGCACGGUAAAUUUUACAAUUCAAGAGAGCGAAGAACCAGUUAAGGAACUCGUUAAACCAGAAUGUGAGAAUGAUAGAUAUUUGGCUGUUGGAGAGAGAACCACUGUUUGUGAAAUUUCUGAAUAUAAGUAUGAAUUUGAUGGCUGUAACUCUUCAUCACAUGGUGAAAAAGUAAUUACUGAAGAAGUUCAUUCAGUCUACGAUAAAUUUAUUCCCGAGGAAGCCAAUUCCUCUGAUGUUGAAUCUUUCCAUUCUGUUUGUGAUUCACAUUCAUCACAUGCUAGAUUUUCUAAUGCAUCAGCUGGUAGUCUUAGUGUCAACUCGGAAAAUUUCUCCCAAAACGAAUCAAAGGCAUCACAUUGUUCUAUAGGCAUUACAACAGAGAAAUCAAUUCAAGUUUCACACCUCAAAUCACAACUUCCCUUGGCCCCAAGUCAGUCAUCGCCUCCUCCACUGCCACCCACUCCUCCACCGGUCGAACAUAUUUAUCCUUCAAAGUCUAUCCCUUCUUCAACAAAGAGGAUAUCUAACCUUUUGAGCUCGUCAUCAUCAGAAUCAAACAAAAUUCCACAUAUUGAAUUAUCGUUACCCCCUCCUCCACCUCCAUGCCCCCCUCCUUUUCCGAAAGGAAACGUCAACUCUCUCAAAGUCCCACCUCCUCCCCCAUCUCAGCGCACUCAACAUACACCACUGGGCAAAGACGGCGUCCCAUUGCCAAAGCUUAAACCUCUUCAUUGGGACAAAGUCCGAGCUGCACCAGAUCGUUCGACAGUAUGGGACAAGAUGAGAUCAAGCUCGUUUGAGUUUGAUGAGGAAAUGAUCGAGUCACUUUUCGGUUACAACCUCCAAAACACCAUGAAGAAUGAAGAAGUUAAAAGUAAAACCCCAUCUCCAAGCAAGCAUGUCCUGGAGCCUAAGAGACUGCAAAAUAUAACUAUACUUUCGAAAGCCUUGAAUGUUUCCACAGAACAAGUAUGUGCAGCACUAAUUCAAGGGGAUGGAUUGUCAUUGCAAGAUUUAGAGACACUGACAAAGAUGGUGCCUACUGAGGAAGAGGAGGCUAAGCUUGCAAACUACAAAGGAGACAGUAAUGAAUUAGGAUCAGCCGAGAAGUUAGUCAGAGCAAUGCUUAAAGUACCAUUUGCAUUUUUAAGAAUUGAAGCGAUGCUCUACCGAGAAACUUUUGAAGACGAGGUUUUCCAUCUCAGAAAAUCCUUCUCAAUGCUUGAGGAGGCUUGCAAGGAGCUCAGAUCAAGUCAACUAUUCCUCAAACUACUCGAGGCAGUGCUUAAAACAGGUAACAGGAUGAACGUUGGAACAAUACGAGGAGGAGCAACUGCCUUCAAGCUUGACGCCCUUCUUAAGCUCGCUGAUGUAAAGGGAACAGAUGGAAAAACAACACUUCUCCAUUUCGUCGUCCAAGAAAUUAUCAGAUCAGAAGGAUUUCGAGCAUCGGAGAGCAUCAUGGGCAAGAUCAACCAACGGAGCAAGACCUCAACAUUCGAAGAUAAAGAAGAAAAAUACAGGAGGAUGGGUUUAGAUCUUGUAUCUGGCUUAAGUACUGAACUCUGCAAUGUUAAGAAGAUGGCUACAAUAGACUUGGAUGUUCUUGCAAGUUCUGUAUCAAAUUUAUCAAAUGGAAUGAGCAAACUACAAAAUCUAGUACACAAGAUCCUCAAAAUGAAGAAUGAUGAUGGGAACUUUGUGAACUCAAUGAGAUCAUUUUUGAAAUAUGGUGACAUGAAGUUAAAGGAACUGCAAGAAGAUGAGAAUGGAGUGCUAUUACACGUCCGACAGACGACAGAAUAUUUUCAUGGAGAUGUGAGCAAAGAUGAAUCGAAUCCACUUCGAAUUUUUGUAGUUGUAAGAGAUUUUCUAAACAUGUUAGAUAAUGUGUGUAAAGAGCUUAAAAGCUCGAAAGCAUUGCGUAGUCCUAAUCCUCUUGCCCCAUUCCGAUAG